CGCCGGGCGCCCAAUAACCUUGGACGCUGCUUCUCCACAAUCUGUGGGCAGCGCGCUGCUUCUCCACAUCGUCGUCAGACCGAACUGGUUCAGGUCAUAGUGAAUUAUUCACGAUACUCCUAAGAGCCUGACGCAGUCGGUGUUUGAGGUGAGCUGAUUGAUUAAAACAUAGUAUUGUACAUAUAUUUUUGUUUAAUAUCUGCUUGUUAAUUCGCAUCAUACAAUUAAAUUAGUGAUUGCCAUAAGAUUGUAGAUUGAGAUAUACAAAGACAGACUAUCUGCUGAGUGUCAUGAGAUUUAUUAAAUUAUUUGGUGUUUGAGAUAUACAAAGACAGACUGUAACUGGUGAUUGCAAUAAGAUUUAUUAAAUUAGUUGUUUCCGUUUUUGUUUAAUAUCUGCUUGUUAAUUCGCAUCAUACAAUGAUAAGAUAUACAAUGACAUUUGCUACUUUAACACAGCUAGUCAGAUGGAUCUAACAAAUAUUAAAAAGUUACUGUGUUCUCCUAGACCAAGUGCAGACUACUUGGCUGGCAUAGAAGGUUUUCUUGAUUUUGUAUACACUGGAAAAAGUACAGAUGCCAAGAUCCGUUGUCCUUGCAUCAAAUGUGUCAAUAAGUUCUUGUUGAAGCGAAACACUGUAUAUGAUCAUUUGGUGUGUAAUGGAAUGCUACUUGGGUACACAGUUUGGGGUUGUCAUGGUGAAACUGCAGGAUACAUCUCCUCUAGCAAACGAAAAAGGUCAAAACAGGGAGGCAUAAACUCUAAUAUGUGCCAACUAGUCCAUGAUGUUUUCGGGAACAUAGAUAAUGGGUCUCAACUGAAUGACUGCGAUGACCCAAGCCCUCCAGAACAUGGACCAGAUCCUGAAACCCAAGCUUUUUAUGACUUGUUGAGAGAUGCAGAUGUACCUUUGUGGAAUGGGUGUGAACUAUCAAAACUUUCUUUCCUUGUGCUUCUGUUCAACAUAAAAUCCACUAACAAGUGGAGCAAUAAAUCUAUAAAUGAUUUGCUAGCAGUUCUGCAGCAAGCAAUUCCAAAUGGCAAUAAUUUACCUGGAACUUUUGCCGAGGCUAAGAAGAUCAUUGGAAAGCUUGGGCUUAGUUAUGAGAGAAUUCAUGUUUGUGAAAAAGAUUGUUAGCUUUUUUGGAAAGAGAAGGCUACGGAUGACUUUUGCUCAGUAUGUGGAGCAUCAAGGUGGAAAAACAAACCUGAUAAAACCAUGCUAACUGACAAGGAAAGAAAAAAGCAAUCCCAAAGAAGGUGCUACGGUACUUCCCUAUUAAGUCAAGGCUCAAGAGGCUUUUUAUGCACAAGGAAACUGCUAUAGCAUUAAGAUGGCAUGAUGAGGAACGCAUAAAAGAUGGUGCAUUGCGACAUUUAGCUGAUUCAGCGGCAUGGAAGGAGAUCGACUCCAAGUAUAAGCACAUCAGAUCAGAUUCUUGAAACAUUAGAUUCACAAUCACAGCUGAUGGAUUCAAUCCGUUUGGUAAGCUGAGUUCUAAACAUAGUUGCUGGCCUGUUGUCCUAGUACCUAAUAACCUUCCAUCAUGGCUGUGCACAAAGGCCUCUUCUCUUAUGCUUACUCUGCUUAUUCCUGGUCCAACUUACCCUGGAAAGAAUUUUCAUGUAUUCAUGCAACCAGUAUAUGAAGAACUAAUGGAGUUGUUUACGGUAGGAACUCGUACUUAUGAUGCAUCUCGAGGUGAGAUGUUUCAACUUUAUGCUGUUGUGUUGUCUAUUGUGAGUGACUACCCCGGGCUAGCUCUCUUUGCAGGAUAUAGCGUAAAUGGUGAGUUUGGUUGUUUUCCAUGCCGUGAUGAAACAUGUUCUAAACGCUUGAAAUAUGGGCAGAAGUACUGUUUCAUGGGGCAUCGUCGAUUUCUGCCCCCAGAUCACAAAUUCCGUUUUGAUGCUAGAUCAUUUGAUGGGUUUGAAGAACAUAGAGCAGCACCUACUCCUUAUGCAGAAACUAGAGUUGAAGAUCAAAUAAAAUCAAUUUCAGAUUUUGAGAAGUCUAAAACCUGGAAGUGUGUCAGUGGCCUAUUCAAUUUGCCCUAUUGGGACUUCAGUUUACUUCGUCACAAUCUUGAUAUCAUGCAUAUUGAGAAGAACGUAUGUGAGAACAUAUAUGGAACACUUCUAGGGAUAGAAGGUAAGACCAAAGAUAAUUUAAAGGCACGACAAGACCUAGAACAUAUGAACAUUAAACGAGAGUUACAUCCACAAAAAAACCUAAUGAUAAGUAUUAUCUCCCACCUGCCUCCUUUAACCUAUCUAAAGAAGGGAAGCAACAAUUUUGUAAAGUCCUUCAUGGUGCAAGGGGUCCGAAUGGGUUUUCAGGAAACAUCUCAAGAUGUGCAAAUGUUGUUCAAGGGAGAAUCUCAGGCCUUAAAAGUCAUGAUUGUCAUAUACUAAUGCAACAUUUCCUGCCACUUGCUAUCCGAGGUCUACUCCCAGAUUAUGUCACAUCUGUGUUGUUUGACUUGUGUGGGUAUUUUAGAGAAGUGAGUGCAAAAGUCCUAUACAUCAGCGAGCUUGAGAAGUUGGAGGAGCGAAUCAUAAUGACAUUAUGUCAUAUGGAGAUGAUAUUCCCGCCAGGUUUUUUCAAUGUUAUGGUGCAUUUGGUUAUGCAUCUAGCAACAGAGGCAAAAGUAGGUGGCCCAGUGUGCUACCGUUCGAUGUGGUUUGUGGAAAGGUAUAUAGGUAAGUUGAAGUCGAAUGUCCGUAACAGAGCUCAUCCCGAAGGAUCUAUCGCCGAAGCAUUUUUGGCAGAUGAGUGCAUGACAUUUUGUUCAAGAUAUAUUAUCGGUUUUGAGACUAAGCAUAACUUGGCUUCGAGGAACGAAGAUGACGAGGAGUGGGUUGGGAAUCAUGAUAUUGCACAUGGAUCAAGAUUAUUUCCUCAUUCUGGCAAUCCACUUGGAAGGCCUAGGAAUUAUGUUCUGAGCGGUGUGGCUAAAGUACAGGCACAUAGAUAUGUCUUGUUCAAUUGCUCCGAUGUGAACUCAUACCUUAGAGCUCAUGCUGAUGAGAUAACUAAUGGACGCAAUUUAAACCUUGAUGUUGUUGAGAGGAUUCAAAACGAUAAGUUCCAUGAAUGGUUCCAAGCUCAUAUAAAGAAAUUGGAGAAGGAAAAUGGCGUCCAUAGUAUUGAAAAGGAUAUUAGAUUGUUGGCCCGGGGCCCAGUUAAUGCAGCCAAAAGAUAUUGCGCUUUCAACUCCCGAGGCUACCAUUUUAGGCCUAAACGCUUGGAUAAAGAGACACAAAAUAGUGGAGUCAUGGUAACUGCAAAAACAUCUCGUUAUGAUUCAGCACGCGAUGCUAAUGCAGUUUUACAGGAUGUGUGACGUACUAUGGAAGGGUAAUUGAUAUUGUCGAGCUAAAUUACUCUGAACAGUUUUCAGUGGUGUUGUUUAGAUGUGAAUGGGUUAAUGUGUUCUCAGAAAAAGGAAUGAAAAAAGACAAGUACGGUUACACACUUGUCAAUUUCUCACAUCAAAUACACAAAGGAGAAAAGAUUGAGCAUGAGCCUUUUAUUUUCCCCAACCAGGCGAAUCAAGUGUUCUAUGUGAAAGAUGAAUUGAAUCCAGGUUGGUUUGUGGUAAUGAAGUUGCCAAAGCCUAGAGAUGUAUAUGACUUAGGUAACUUGGAAUGGGAAGAGGAGACAGAAAACCAGCCAUUUCAUGUUUCACAGCUUGGAGAGAUUUUGAAAAGAAAGAACAAUGACCAACACUGGGUUAGAACAGACGUUGAGGGGACAAUAGUGGAUGCUACUAGUGUUUCGAGCACCGAAGAAUAGUUGAGGUUAGUAGCAACAAGGUAUGCACUAUGUUCAGGUUUCGGCUACAUGCUACAUGGAGGCAUAGAGGGGGUGGUGGCAUGUGUGCUUUGUGUUGGUACAGAACUGCUUGGUGGCUUCGUGCAGAGUAGCUAACAAACUUGCUUGACGAUAUACUAAUGUGUGAGACUAUGUGUUGGUCAAAACUUAGUGUACUCUUAUAUUUAUGCUUGAUAAUUUGGUUCGCUAUGACAGCACGUGUUUAUCUAGAACUUCAUUUUGUACUUUAAUCAACAACAGUUCAUAAUUGAGAUACACGCAACUUGUUUGGAAA